UUUCCCUUUUGCUAUUUUUCAAAACAAAACAUCAUCACCGCUAGCACGAGAAUUCUGCACCUCGGUGAAUAUUCCAUAACACUCCAGCAAACACAAUCACCUCUCAUUUUCGCCAUGAUGACGUCCAAAGUUUUGGUGAACAAAUUUUCCUCCUCCAUCCGGCACGUGUAUGUUGUCAAUUUCGUUCCCUCGCUGUCUUUCUCGACGAACAAACCACCGUCGGACAAACCGGUCAGUCCGCGGAUGGAGGAGUUCCAGAAGAAGCUGCGCGAAAAAACACCCAUCGGCAAGCUGGACGAGAUCGUUGGCAAGCAUCCGUACCAGGAGAAGGAACCGCUCGAGCCGUGGCCAAACAACACGAACCCAAACACGGGCGAAAUCGGUGGACCGAAGGGACCGGAACCGACCCGGUACGGGGAUUGGGAGCGCAAGGGGCGUGUUACAGAUUUUUAGGAAAACAAACAAAACAGAACAGAUUGCACAUGCACACGCACACGGAGUGGGCAUGUAUAACUUAUUUUACUACUUUAUAGUACGGUUGGAUGUUAGCAUUUAGCAAAGUUUGCAUCACGUUCAAGAGAUGUUAGAAUAGGGUCAGCAAGAUGUUAGUAGCGAUUUUCUUCAAACUACACAACACGUGUUAUGUCAUCGUUGUUAGUACAGGUGGGUAAACUCAAAUCAGCUCGUCUUGUUGCACAUCAAUAAAGAAGGAUGUAUUUUUCGGAA